UUGGGCACCAAGUCUGGGCAUACUGCAUCAUUGCUCGCAAAAUCGCGAAACGCAAAAAAUUAAAUUAGCUUAAUAAAACUGUGUCGGUGCAAAGGGAACUGAAAAAGUAUAUAUAAAUUUAAACCUGCAAAAGAUCAGCCAAAGAAACAAACAACAAGGAAAGGCGUUAUUAUAAAUAUUCUCUGUUCUUGUUGUGCCUCUGUGUGUGUUUGUGUGAUCUCGUGUCGGUGUGCGGUUACCGUUUAUUAGUGUGCGUGUGCGUAUAGCUGUCACUUUCUGGCGCGCACACAAGAUAUAUACACACAGAACUUUGAAAAAGCAGUGGCCCCCAAUCGCCCCACGCCCCCUUUCCAGACCACCGCCCCCGUCGUCGCCUUCUCGCCUGGAUGUGUGCGCCCGGUUCCGGUGCCGUUUGGUUACCGUUCCCGUGCAUCUGGAUCUGGAAGCACUGUGCGUGCGAGUGAGAGGGCGCCAUUUAGCAGCCAAAGGAGCAAGAGCAGGAGCAGCAGAGGAGCUCGAGUUGCCGGUACCGUUACAGAUCAAAAACGCACACGCGGAAAAAGGAGUAAAAGGAGCACAGUUCCAGUACUCAAGGCAGCCGAUCAAAUAGCACAUACAAAAAACAAAAACGGGAAGCAGUGGAAGGAGAGCACCAGUACCAUUCCACUAUUCCACGGGAACGAGGAGUAAGUGGACGAGUGGAGGAAACCCCGAACCAGGAGAACUCCCCUUGAGACCCUGAGAUGUUGCCAUUCACCCCGCAGGUGGUCAAGCGUUUGUUAGCACUCAAAAAGGGCAACGAGGACAACAGCGUCGAGGGCAAGUGGUCGGAGAAGGCCGUCAAGAAUCUGGUCAAGAAGAUCAAGAAGAACUCGCAGUUGGAGGAGCUAGAGCGGGCGAUCUCCACACAGAACUGCCAGACGCGGUGCGUGACGGUGCCGCGCAGCAAGCCAGCUCCCGCCGGCGAGCAUCUGCGCAAGGGUCUGCCGCACGUCAUCUACUGCCGCCUGUGGCGCUGGCCAGAUCUCCAGUCACAGAAUGAACUAAAGCCCCUCGACCAUUGCGAAUACGCCUUCCAUCUGCGCAAGGAGGAGAUCUGCAUUAAUCCGUACCACUACAAAAAGAUCGAACUGUCCAUCCUGGUGCCCAAAUCGCUGCCCACACCGCCCGACUCCAUUGUGGACUAUCCGCUGGACAACCAUACGCACCAGAUACCCAACAACACCGACUACAAUGCGGCGAUAAUCCGCAGCGCCUCGUUGAGUCCGCCGCAAUACAUGGAAUUGGGCGGUGCCGGGCCCGUUUCCGUAUCGUCCACCAGUUCGACGCCCGCCACUGCCGCUGGAGGCUGUGGUGCCUCCUCCUCCUCGUCGUCCUCGUCCGCCGCCUCCGCCUACCAACAGCAGCAGCAGCAGCUGUCCUUUGGCCAAAACAUGGACUCGCAGUCGAGUGUGCUCAGCGUGGGCAGCAGCAUUCCCAACACCGGCACCCCGCCGCCCGGCUAUAUGAGCGAGGAUGGUGAUCCCAUCGAUCCCAACGACAACAUGAACAUGUCGCGUCUAACGCCGCCCGCCGAUGCAGCGCCGGUGAUGUACCACGAGCCGGCCUUCUGGUGUUCCAUCUCCUACUACGAGCUGAAUACGCGCGUCGGCGAGACCUUCCACGCCUCGCAGCCCUCGAUCACGGUCGACGGCUUCACCGAUCCCUCCAAUUCGGAGCGCUUCUGCCUCGGUCUGCUGUCCAAUGUGAAUCGCAACGAGGUCGUGGAGCAGACGCGUCGGCACAUUGGCAAGGGAGUUCGGCUGUACUAUAUUGGCGGGGAGGUAUUCGCUGAAUGCCUCAGCGACUCGUCCAUAUUUGUACAGAGCCCGAAUUGCAACCAGCGCUACGGUUGGCAUCCGGCCACCGUCUGCAAGAUCCCGCCCGGCUGCAAUCUGAAGAUCUUCAACAACCAGGAGUUUGCCGCCCUGCUGUCGCAGUCCGUGUCGCAGGGAUUCGAGGCCGUUUACCAGUUGACACGCAUGUGCACCAUUCGCAUGUCGUUCGUAAAGGGCUGGGGCGCCGAGUAUCGCCGCCAGACGGUCACCUCGACGCCCUGCUGGAUCGAACUGCAUCUGAACGGGCCGCUCCAGUGGCUGGAUCGCGUACUCACGCAGAUGGGAUCGCCGCGGCUGCCGUGCAGCUCCAUGUCGUAAACGCAGCGGCCGGUUCCGGUUUUCAAUUUUCCCCUCCCCAGUUGCCCGCAUAGUAAGCGCCGGAGUUCAAGGCCCAUUUAGAGCUGUCAAGAAACCCAGAAAGACCAGUACGGCGCUGACAAGUCACACUGAAGAACUGUAGAAGAAAGGAUUUUAUCCUUAAGAACUUUCGGCAACCAGUUAAAUUUAAUAUAGUUUCUCAAUGAGUAUCGCAAGAAAUUUGUAAUUUAAAAAUAACUUUUGUUCGAUUUUGGAAAAAUUAGCCGAGCAAAUUGAAUUACUCUCUGCAAGGGUAUUCGACAAAAAAGUGUACAAAUUUAAAUCGAAGAAAAACUGGGCAUGUGACAAUUGAAAUCUUGGUGAACUAAUUUUUAACCCAUGUGGUCCUACCAAGUAUUUACUUGCAAAAACGAGAAAUACUAAAUACUUCUUUGUUAAUGGUUAUAAACUUCCACACUUCUUCAAUGUUACUUGUCAGAACCUUAAUGGGAAAGCAAAAUGAGAAUCGGAAUUGGUUUCAAAGAGAAAACCAAGAAAAAUUCUAAGAGCACAUAUGAAAUAAGUUCAGGCAAAUUAUAUAUGAGUACAUACUUCAGUAAUUGAAAACAAGUGGUAGAUGCAAACCAGAUACAGAUACAGAUAUAUCUAUAUACAAAGAGCACACACUUACAUGUGGGAUAUAUAUCUUUACAAGCAUAUAUGAGAGAGAGCAUGUAUUUGGCGUUACAAGUUUAGGACUAUAUAUUGUGUAGGUGGAAACGUGGAGAGUUACAGUUUUCGAUAAGAAGCAACAAUUUUUUUAAACAUUUUACACACAAAAAAGAGAAAAUAACCGAAAUGGAACCGACCAGGAACACAAAAAACCAAAAGAAACCCAGAAUCUGUGUGCGUAGAGUUGGCCAGCGCUAGAAGUGAGAGAGUCGAAAUUCUUUGAGAAAGAAGCAAAACAAUUAUAUCGGUGAUGCGAUACAUAAGGAAGGAGAUGAGUAAAACAGGAACUGGGAUUUAUCAAGCUUGAAGCUUACACACACAGACACACUCUACCAUACAUUGCAAAUGUACAUAAGACCAAAAAAUGAAAUUCACGCAGGACCUCCACUUGAUCGAGUAUGGGAUUAUAGAUAUAUCCGUUUGAUGAUGGUUGUUAAACGUUUCGAUUUUCGCUUAGUAUGUGUGUGUUAAAAAUUCGUCAACUCUCAAAAUGCAGUCAAACAAUUAAGCAGCUCUUAGUCGUAAUAUCCGUAAAAUGCGAUCAUAUGUAUGUAUAUGUAAAGCACUUGCCGAACAAAAUUUGAAUGCCGCAAACCAAGUCAGACUUAUCUAAUGGUCCCAUUUUGUUCAGAACUGCAUUUAUUGUGUACCAAAUGAAAUGUUCUUAUUUCCUUCUUAUCACCCUCGAAAUCGAACCAAUAGCUUAAGCAUUUGUGUAUGAACAAAUAUGCAAUAUGGUUUGCCGGUGCUGAGCGGAUUUUGCUUGGCAAGUGCGCGUUUUUCUUGGGUCUAGAUCUUAAGUCUAUAUAUGUAACAAAAUUCGCUAGCUUAUCUUGACAUUUAAAGAGCCCAAAUCAGUUUAAGUUCGAUUUCAAAUUGUUUUUACUUCAAUCUUAACUGAUUAUUUUAAUUUUUGUUGUCCCUGGCUUCGCUGUUACAACCAAAAAACAACUGUACCGCCGCUCUUGCCAUCUGGCUUCGGCGUACCUUUAAUUUAAGUUUUGUCUAUUGUUUUUCCCCCUUGUUGCUUUUAAGUUUCUCACGUAGUUUUGUGUGAAGACACUUAAUCCUGAUUGGCAAUCAAUCGAAUAAACGACCGCGAACGAGA